UCUGCCGACGGACAGCCAGCCAGCCGGCGGCCGGACUGCACAGCUCCCAGCAGCCAUCACGGUGCAGUGAUGACGACGUGCGACUUCCACGAAACACGUACCGCCCUACGAAGUGCGUCCGCCGCCCUCCGCCGCGAAACAUCAAAGAUACUCUUCUUCGAGUUGUGUCACAAGGAGUCGUGGCGAUCGGCACUGAACUCUGCCGACAUAAGGAGGAUAACGGAAGCGCUUCCACGACCCGCCUAACGGCGGACUGCUUACGGGGACGUGUCACUGAACUGUUAACGCGGUUACGAGCCAGUGAGGAAGGAAUCGUUCUUCAUUUCUCAGCAUGAGCAAAUAACGACGAAGAACUAGUCAAGUGUGAUUAGCAUGAAAUUCGAAUUCUUGUCAUUUUUCAUAGGCACGGGACCAUACUGUAGCACUUAGUAUGUGCCACUGCUGUAAAUACUCGAAGAGGCAAAAGGAACACUGAGAAAGUGCGUUAUAGUGCUAACUUCAUAGUUGUCAGCACUCUCGCAAAUUUAUAUGUCCUGUAGUUGCAACGCUUCUCCGUGAAAAUCUAGUAACAGUCUAGUCACAAAAUCAUCCACACAUUCUUCUUUAUAUUUUAUUUCUAAAUCUAAGUAGCCGUGGUUUUAUUUUCACGACAGGCAUCCAGUGUGCAUUUGUAGUUUUGUUCCAGUUCGUGUAUUAUGUCUUACUUCUAAGUGGAGUGGAGCAACGAAUACUUCACUCCGACACAGGCUAUUGUGUAUAAACAUUCACUUGCACGUUUUGACGCGUUUUAGGAGUGUGGGAGCUAGUUGUACCGUCAGCAACCCAACCAGUGCCAUAUGUUGUGCUAGUCCAUUGCUGUGUUCCUCUUGAAGACAGACACGUCCUUGAGUACCUGUGAGCAGUUGUAAGUGAGCGGGGGGAGGCCUCUCAGAGGGAGGUCGCGUGUCUGCGAGGCCGUGACCGUCCGCGGUCAGGAGAUGCUGCUGGGGGUGGGCGUGGCGGCGGCGACGGCGGCGCUCAAGACGUCGCUGUGGCUGGCGCCUCUGCUGGUGGCCGGCGUGCUCUACUACCGCUACGACGGGCUCGACCCGGAGUCCAAGGUGCCGGACGCGCGCCGCCUCCAGUCGCACUACGACUUCAUCGUCGUCGGGGGCGGCUCGGCGGGCGCCGUCGUGGCCAGCAGGCUCUCCGAGGUGCGCCGGUGGUCGGUGCUGCUGCUGGAGGCCGGGGGCGACGAGAACGAGGUGUCGGACGUGCCGUCGCUGGCGGCCUACCUGCAGCUGAGCGGCAUCGACUGGCAGUACAAGACGGAGCCCUCCGGAAGGGCCUGUCUGGGCAUGCGCGGGGGCCGCUGCAACUGGCCGCGCGGGAAGGUGCUCGGCGGCUCCAGCGUGCUCAACUACAUGAUCUACGCGCGCGGCAACCGCCUCGACUACGACACGUGGGAGGCGCUGGGCAACCCGGGCUGGGGCUACCGCCACGUGCUGCCGUACUUCCGGAAGUCGGAGGACCAGCGCAACCCCUACCUGGCGCGCAACUCGCGCUACCACGCCACGGGCGGCCUGCUCACCGUGCAGGAGUCGCCGUGGCACACGCCGCUGGCGCUGGCGUUCGUGCAGGCGGGCCAGCAGCUGGGCUACGAGCACCGCGACUGCAACGGCGAGCGGCAGACGGGCUUCAUGAUCGCCCAGGGCACCAUCCGGCGCGGCUCGCGCUGCUCCACGGCCAAGGCCUUCCUGCGGCCCGUCCGCCUGCGCCACAACCUGCACGUGGCGCUGCGGGCGCACGUCACGCGGCUGCUCGUCCACCCCGCAACCGCCACCGCCUACGGCGUCGAGUUGGUCCGGGACGGCGUCCGGCAGGUGGUGGUGGCGCGGCGCGAGGUGGUGGUGUCCGCGGGCGCCAUCAACAGCCCGCAGCUGCUGAUGCUGUCGGGCGUGGGGCCGGCGGAGCACCUGCAGGAGAUGGGCAUCCCCGUGGUACGCGACCUCAAGGUGGGCCACAACCUGCAGGACCACGUGGGCCUCGGCGGCCUCACCUUCCUCGUCGACGAGCCCGUCGCCAUCGUCCAGAACAGGCUGCAGGCGGUGCCGGUGACGACGAACUACGUGCUGAACGAGCGCGGGCCCAUGACCACACUGGGCGGCCUGGAGGCCAUCGCGUUCGUCAAGACGCCGCUGGCCAACGCCUCCGCCGACUGGCCGGACAUCCAGUUCCACUUCGCCCCCGCCUCCAUCAACUCGGACGGCGGCGCCAGGGUACGGAAGGUGCUGGGCCUGACGGAGCGCGUGUACGACGCCGUGUACCGGCCGAUCGCGAACCGCGACGCCUUCAGCAUCCUGCCGCUGCUGCUGCGGCCGCGGUCUCGCGGCCGGGUGCGCCUGCGCUCCGCCGACCCGCGCCACUACCCGCUCAUCGACGCCAACUACUUCGCAGACCCGCACGACGUCGCGACGCUCGUCGAGGGCGUCAAGAUGGCCGUCCGCACCGGCCUGGCGCCAGCCUUCCGGCGCUACGGCGCGCGCCUCCACUCGCUGCCGCUGCCCAACUGCCGACGCCACGAGUUCGCCUCGGACGCCUACUGGGAGUGCGCGGUGCGCACCAUCUCCAUGACCAUCUACCACCCGGUGGGCACGUGCAAGAUGGGCCCCGCCUCCGACCCCGACGCCGUGGUGGACGCGCGCCUCAGGGUGCACGGGGUGCGCGGGCUGCGCGUCGUCGACGCCUCCGUCAUGCCGACCAUCGCCAGCGGCAACACCAACGCGCCCGUCAUCAUGAUCGCCGAGAAGGCCGCCGACAUGAUGAAGCAGGACUGGCUGUCGCCGCCCCCGGACCCCGGCGAGAAGGCGUAGCGCGGCCACUGUCCAGCCUCACUGCGCGUCUGGAGGCAGGACAGCGUGUGUGUGUGUGUGUGUGUGUGUGUGUGUGUGUGUGUGUGAGAGAGAGAGCGUCCUCUGGCCGCGCCGCACCUUGCGUGCCCCCCCACUCACUGCAGCUGAACCUUGGGCUGAAGAAUCUCUGCGGCGUAGCCACGGGCGUGCUCUUGUCGAAACGAGAAGAGAUUUCAAGGCUGUAAUCAGACAUUCUCUCUCACCUGCGGCUGAAGUUUAAGCAAGACUUCGAAACAUUGCAUUACUGGAAGUAGCUAUACAGCUGCCGACCAGAGACGCGUUCACUGAUGACCCAGCUGUGUGAAGGGCCAUCUAGGCCCUAGAAUUGAAUUAGCAUAUCGGUCUAGUGCGGUUGCAUCUGUAACAUGCAUCAGGGCUCUUCAUACUUUUCACAGUUAGUCGUAUCUGUUGAAAGAGUCACUGAUGUGACGUUAAUUUAUUGGAGUACAUCUCCUGCUGACCGCUACGGACAUACUGAUAGUCAUACUAAACACUGCACAAGAUCGCAAACAUCUACAGCCAGUAACCACUUCGUGUUGUCAGAGUAAUAGUUGGUAAGGAAACAGACAGUUCAUACAUUGAGCAGUGUGUGGGACUAAUUUUAUUUAGCAUUUCUCAGAAGUAAGCAAUGAAAGAGAGAGUAAUCUUACCGUAAGUUAAGAUCUAGCUGAAACGUCGCUUUACAGUGCUUCAAGACACAAAUGUGCCUCGAGUGUGUGAAAAAGCGAGAGGUGGACUGCUGCGAGAAGUGUCUAUCUACGGACAGCAAACGUGGAUUUAGUAACAAAGCUGGCAGAGACCACCGACAGUCGGGCAACGUGGGCAUUAGUUGGGACAAAACCAAACAGACACAAGAGUGAAAUGAGAAAUGCGAGUCUUACAGUCUCCUUUCGAAGUUAAUGGUGACAACCAAGUCUUUUAACAGGUUAUGUAUAUUUGCUGAAUAUUUAGUCUGAUGAUUAAAUACGAACAUGUUACAUGAAGUGUUAGCUUAUGUUCUUUUAACAAGAGCGGAAUGUUACUUAAUUAUAGCAUGUGUUUGUUGUUCUGAUAUGUGGAAUAAAUAUUUUUUUCACAUUGUGUGCCAUUAA